ACCAAUAAAAGCUUCUCUUUUGAAUCCCCACAGAUCUAUCUCUCAUCGCCAUUCUUCUUCUUCUUCAUCACUCUCGUCAGUCUGGUGUCUGACACAAUUUUGUUUCCCGUUGAUAAAGGGUAUUUAAAAAAUGGCAGCUUCAAGCGGCUCUGGUUUGGAAGGUCAGAAAAAUGACAUCAAUUCUGAUGUGAAUGGGGAAAGGGAUAUAGACAUGGAGGAAGACAUGGAUCUAACAGAAGAUGAUUUCGGAAAUGUGUCUGGCCAGUUUCUAGGUGAAACAUCAAUAGUGGAUGCUGUCAAUGUGAGUGUUGACACCGUGAAAGUGGAUGUUAGUUCUAAAACUGGUGUUAAAAGAGCCAGAACAACCUCUGACGAACAACAACCUUCAGUUCAUGUUACUUAUAAACACUUAACAAGAGCUAGUAAGCAGAAGCUGGAAAGUUUAUUACAGCAAUGGUCAGAAUGGGAGGCAGAACAAAAUUCUUUGUCCCAGGAUCAAGAACAAGUAGUAGAAUCUGGUGAUAAAACAUAUUUUCCUGCUUUGCGUGUGGGAUUGCAGAAGACAUCAUCUGUGUCAUUUUGGUUCGACUACCAAACUGGUCGCAAUUCCUUAAAGGAGUUUAUUCCAGUGGAAAGUAGCACUACUCCUCUUUAUAACCGUGGAUUUCCAAUUGGUUUAGAUUCAGCCAAUGGUUUGAGUAACUCAGAAGGAGGCUUGGAGAUUAUUGAUGAUCCUCCACGUUGCUUCAAUUGUGGCGGUUACAGUCAUUCUAUAAGAGAAUGUCCAAAGCCUUUUGAUCGAGCAGCUGUUAGUAUUGCACGGAGACAACAUAAAAGCAAGAGAAAUCAGACUCCUGGUUCUCGUUUACCGUCUAGAUACUAUCAGAGCCAUCAAGGUGGAAUAUAUGAUGGCUUGAAGCCAGGCUCACUUGAUGCAGAGACACGUCAGCUUCUUGGUCUAGGGGAACUCGAUCCUCCUCCUUGGCUUCACAGAAUGCGAGAGAUUGGGUAUCCACCGGGAUAUUUAGCUGUGGAAGACGAUCUUCUCUCGGGGAUCACAAUAUUUGGAGAGGAAGAGACUAAAGCACAAGAAGAAGAAGUAAAGACUGAGGAUGGUGAAAUCUUGGAAACAGAAAGCCCUCAAGAGCCGCAAAUGAAAAAGACAGUCGAGUUUCCGGGGAUUAACGCACCCAUCCCGGAAAACGCAGAUGUGUGGCUAUGGGAACAGAGGAAAAACUCAGGACAUGCUUACUAUCAUGAUCACCAUCAACCACGAGAUUAUAGAGGCGAAAUGGGUCCUCCAGGUGUUGAACUGUCGUCAAGUUAUCCUCCAAGGUAUGGCAUUAGACCAAGAAGCCCUGGCUUUGAAAAAUCGGAGUCAGAGAGAAGGUAUUAUUACUCUUCGUAUGAUUCGAGUUUGAAGGAGAGGGGUGAUAGUGAUCCAUAUAGAUUUAGCAACAGAAGAUGAGUUAAUGAGUGAAUGUGGGAUGUAUAUUGUAAUGUUUAGGGAAGAAUUAUUGUAACAGUUACAUAGUAGCAACGCGUUGAAUUCAAGAAGCUUUCUGA